AUGCAUCAUAUAGAAGAAUGGGCACAGGUUACAGAAGUGACCAACUCUCAUGUGUCUCAGAGGGAGAUGCAACACAAUAGUAACCACAAUGAAGUGUAUGAAGCAGCAGUGCACAUACUAAGUGUGGGAAGGCUACAACUGAUACUGUAUAUGUUUCCUAUAGAAUAUAGAAGAAAAAAUGGAGUAUGGAAACUUGCUGGCCAUGUGUUUUGUAGAGAAAAUGAACAGUUAAAAGAAGAGGUCAAAAUGAAAAGUGAUUUAACAUCUCUUGAAUCCAAAGUGAAAGAUUUUAAAUGUGUGCAGAACCAAAAGAGGAAAGAAAUCAUAGACAAACAGGAAGAUGCUGUUAGAUUGGAAGAGCACAUUAAACAAGAAUUUGCAAAAUUGCAUCUGUUUCUCCAAGAUAAGGAACAGAAACUCAUCCAACAACUUAAGGAUGAAGAAGAACGUAUUCUGAAAGAAAUGGAAGAAAAUCUUCAUUGCAUAAAACAAGAAAUUAUUUCCUUUAACAUAGAAAUGUCUGAUAGGAACUUGAAACUCCAGAGUAAAGUAACAGAAGCAGCGACUCUGAAAGACAUGGAAGAAAAAUUUGAAUCUGCCAAAAGUGGUGAAAUGGCUAGACAGGAGACAUGCGGCAGUAAUUUGGAGCUCAGAGAACAGCAACCUCUUUGUAUCCUAACAGGUAAUUUUUAG